UGUCCGAUCUUUGGUAGGUCAUUCGCACCCACCCCGGUCCGCGAUGAUGGAGGAGGAGGAGGAGGAGUUGGAGGCCCGCGCCGAGCUCGCCCAUGCUCCGAAUCCACACUUGGGUCAUGGGCUAUUCAGCAUCACCAAACACAAUCCCUGUUUACGCGCCCUUCUUCGGUGCCAUGGGCUGCACAGCAGCCAUCGUCUUCACCUGCCUUGGUGCCUCGUACGGCACUGCCAAGUCCGGUGUUGGUAUCGCUGCCAUGGGUGUCCUCCGCCCUGACCUCAUCGUCAAGAACAUUGUUCCCGUCAUUAUGGCUGGUAUCAUUGGUAUCUACGGUCUCGUCGUCUCCGUCUUGAUUUCCGAUGCUCUCACGCAGGAUCACUACGCUCUCUACACUGGCUUCAUCCAACUCGGUGCUGGUCUCGCCGUCGGUCUCGCCGGUCUUGCUGCUGGUUUCGCGAUUGGUAUUGUUGGUGAUGCUGGUGUCCGUGGAACUGCUCAACAACCCAGACUCUUCGUCGGCAUGAUUCUUAUUCUCAUUUUCGCCGAAGUCUUGGGUCUUUACGGUUUGAUCGUUGCUCUUUUGAUGAACUCCAAGGCUACGCUCAACACCUCAUGCUAAACGCCAUGAGUAACCAGAGACCUCGGUCUAGGUAUCCUCGCCGGUAUGGGUGGGACAAGCACGUGCACACAAACAACAUAGAGCCCCAUACCUGGAACCUAAACAACGAAUGAUUCA